AUGGGUAAUUGCAGAUCGGUUGUAUUCCUUUCAAAAUUAUUAAUAUUUAUCAAAAUAUGCCUAAAAACUGUGACGAGUUUGGAAAAUCAAAAGUUAUUAAUGAUAUUAUUGGAUGGAUUUAGAUGGGAUUAUCUUAAUCAACCAGAUUUACAUCUACCUGGAUUUCAAAGGAUUAGAGAGAUGGGAGUUAAGGCGGAUUAUCUUAAGCCGGUUUAUCCCUCAUCAUCUUAUCCUAACUAUUAUUCACUAGCUACAGGUUUAUAUGUAGAAAGUCAUGGUAUGAUAGGUAAUUAUAUGUAUGAUUCUGAACGAAAUGAAUCGUUUAUUAUUGGCACCAAUCCAGAUCAGUUUAAUGCACAUUGGUGGGAUGAAGCUGAACCUAUUUGGGUUUCAGCAGAAAAACAGGAUAAAAAAUGUUAUAUGUACUUCUGGCCAGGAUGUGAGGUCACUAUAAGAAAAACCAAUCCUACUCACUGUCGACCCUAUAGUGGACCUCCCAGCAUGGAUGAUUAUAAACGAGCAGUAUCUGAUGUUCUGAGAAAAUUUCAAUCAGACGAAGCAGAUUUGGGAGGUAUUUAUUUUGAAAAAUUUGAUAUCUUGGGACAUAAUUACGGACCAUUAAGUUUACAUGUAAAUCAAGCUAUUAAAGAUUUUGAUGGUGAAAUGGUAAGACUGACUGAUGACUUAAAGAGAAUGGGACUGAAAGACAAAGUUAAUGUAAUAAUAUUCUCUGAUCACGGUAUGACCAAAAUGACCAACAGAAUUUUAAUAGAUGUACGGAAAGUUAUCAGUCGGUAUGAUUAUAUAGCAAUGAUGGACCAUGGACCAAUAAGUAGUUUAUGGCCUAAAGCUGGAAGAGAACGAGAGGUAAGUGAAGGUUUUAGUAAAAACUUUCAUCCUAAAAUGCACGUCUACCUGAAGGAAAAUCUACCAGAAAGAUUCAACUAUAAAAACAACAGACUGGUAGCACCAAUAACUAUGAUGGCAGAUCGACCAUACUAUAUAAUAACUGUAAUAAGAAAGAUUGAUUUCAGACCAAAACUUGGUGCUCAUGGUUAUGACAAUAAUGAUGCUGAUAUGAGAGGAAUAUUUAUGGGAUUUGGUCCAUCCUACAGAGCCAACGAACGUGUUGAUGGUUUUGAAAAUGUAGACGUCUAUCAAAUGAUGGUCAGGAUAUUGGGUAUUUUACCCCAACCUCAUAAUGGAACUUGGUCCAAAGUUGAGAAUAUGUUCACUGAACAAAUUCCUCUUCCAGUUAGCACUGCUUCCGGUAUUUUCGGAUCAAUAUUUUCUAGUUUAGUGUGUGUGAUAUUGUCUAUCAGGUGGAAAUUUUCAUCACGUGGUUAA